GCACGUGUAAAUUAAAGAAUGCUAAUGAACUUAUUCUGGAAAUGGCAUCAAACUUGCCAUUACUUCCAGUCAAUAAGUUUUUAGACGGUAUUGAUGAAAUAGAAAAGGAAAUAAACAAUUACCCUGAAAAGUACCACGAAAAAUUAAGAAAAUUCAUCAAAUAUCUGAGAAAAUAUUGGGGCCCGAAGAAAAAUAAUUAUUGUGUUGGAGAUCUUAUUCACAGAACCAAUAAUUUAAGUGAGUCGGCAAAUAAGAGACUUUUUACUCGAUUAGGAGGACUACAUCCAGGAAUCUGGAAAUUCAUAAUUUCUUUGAAAAAUACCAUUGAAGAUGAAGAGAUUCGAAUGAGAAAUUUAGAACAAGGAUUUGUAGAUGGAGAAUUCUUAACACGCAAUAAUAUCCAAAGAAAUAACAUAAUUCGAAAUGCUAUACAACGACUGGAAACCGGAUGGUCAAUCAAAGAAUUUCUAUGCAUGUUCAAUAAUGAGAGAGAGUAAUGAAUCAAUAACAUGUUUCAUAAUGAGUUAAUUAAAACAAAUAUGAAGAAGUAAAGUGAUUCAAAUACCUGCCAUCAUUGA